AUUUUAAUAACAUACUUUUUAUAUUUUUAUCUGUUAUCGUAUAGUGCAUAUUUAUAAUAAAAAUUACAUUAAAACUUUAUAAAUUAAUCUAACUCCACUAAUAAUUAGUGCAGAUUUCAAGAAGCUAAUUAUUCAUUGACGUUAGUCAAAAUUGUCAUACAUAAAAUCAGUUUUUUUUAACAAUACACUAUUCAAUUGAUUUAUUAAUUAAAAAUUCAUAGAAAUGCUACAAAUUCUUAUAAAUAUUACUGUUAUAGAACUUUUCUUUACAUAUAAAUACUAACAAAAAAAUUUAAAAAUAUAUCUCGCAAAUUAUGUCCUAAUCGGUGGUUUGAGUGGGGUGUCCCCUACUUAAAUGAUGCGGUGGCUAACAUGAUUUUUUUCUUUAUAGACAUGUUUUUCUUUAUUGCCAAUCUGAGUAAACUUUUAGGUGAAUGACCAUAGUAACUUUUAGACCAUAGUAACUUUUAGACCAUAUUAAUCCGGAGUUUUUAGAGUGGGGUUUUUAGCGGAAAUUAAAAAACGGUUUCUUAAUUUUUAACUAAAAAAGUUAAGUACCGGUUCUUAAAAUCCUUAUUUAAAAAUCGGUUCUUAGCUUUUUUAGUUAAAAAUUAAGAAAUCGUCUCUUAACUUCCGUUAAAAACUCAUUCUAAUAACUCCGGGUUAAUCAUGUUCUUACGUCAUUUUCAUGUAUAAAAGAAAGCAUCCAUACCAUAAAUAUUUUCAUUCACUCACUAGCUACCUUAAACCAUGACUCCAACCACUGACGUGAGAGAGUUCGUGGUGAACCAGAGAAACGGAGUGAAAGGUCUCGUCGACUCUCUGAAACUAACCGCACUUCCUUCUCCAUACAUUCAACCUCCUCAAGAACGCCUCACUUCCGACAAAAUCCUCUCAUCACCGUCGCAAAUUCCUGUCAUCGACGUGUCUAACUGGAAUGACCCGCACGUGGCUAGUGAGAUCUGCCAUGCAGCGGCUAAGCUCGGGUUGUUUCAGAUAGUUAACCACGGGAUAACUCCAGCGGAGUUGAAGGCUUUGAUUGCGGCGGCGCGUGGUUUUUUUGAGUUGCCAGCGGAAGAGAGGAGAAGGUACUGGAGAGGAAGUUCAGUGUCGGAGACGGCGUGGCUGACCACUAGUUUCAAUCCUUACAAAGAGAAUGUUUUGGAGUGGAGAGACUUCCUCAAGUUUGAGUUUCUUCCUCAACGACAUGGCUUUGAUGCCACGUGGCCUCCUGUCUGCAAGGAACAAGUGACAGACCAUUUCAAGACGAUGAAACCAAUCGCCAAUAAUAUCUUAACCAUACUUAUGAACAAUCUAAACUCAACCAUCAACGAGUCUAGUCAACGAACUCUAAUGGGAACAAUGAGGAUGAAUUUCAACUACUAUCCUCAAUGUCCUGAGCCAAGCCUCGCAAUAGGAACUGGUCGCCACUCAGACAUCAACACCCUCACUCUCCUCCUACAAGAGGACGGUGUCUUAAGCAGCCUCUACGCUCGAGCCACCGAGGACGGGGAAAAUUGGGCUCAUGUCCCUCCAAUUCCUGGAGCAAUUGUGGUUAAUAUUGGAGACGUGUUACAGAUUAUGAGCAAUGAUAGGUAUAGGAGCGUGGAGCAUUGUGUGCUGGUCAAUAAAUCUUGUAGCCGGGUUUCUAUUCCGGUUUUCUGCGGACCGGUUCAUGAUUCGGUUAUUGAGCCGUUACAAGAGGUGUUAGAGAACAAUGAGAUGGCUCGGUACAGAAAGGUUGUGUACUCGGACUACUUGAAGGAUUUUUUUGAAAGACCCCAUGAUGGAAAGACAAGUAUUGAGUCGAUUAAAUUUUAAGGAUGUGGUUUAUAAAAGGGUUUAAAUCAGACCAAGACUCAAAACCUCUUUCUUUUUAUUAUUGUUGUUUACUUUUUCAACGGUUUGCGUUAAAAUAGCAUUUAAAAUAAGGACAUGAAGGGCUUUUUUUGGAAGACCCCAUGAUGUAAUGAAAACUAUUGAGUCGAUUACAUUAUAAGGAUUUGAUUAAAGGUUUAAAA